AUGCUAACUCUUGCAUCAGUCUUUCUUUUUUCUUUCUUCUGGCUGACUUUCUUAUUUUCGCGCAUUAAUUCCUAUUCUUUUUGCUUUCUUUCUUUCCUUUUUUCUUUCUUUCUUCCUUUCUUUCUCCCUAUCUUUCUAACCUAUUCGUACUUAUCACCGUCUUUAUUUCUUAUAAAAAUAAUUCUUACUUUCAUUUCUUUCUUUGUCUUUCUUUCUUUUUUUUUUCUUUCUUUCUUUCUUUCUUUCUUUCUUUCUUUCUCGGAGGCAUCUUUCAUUUCUGUUUUUCAUUUUCUUUCUACUUUAUCACUCUGUGUUGAUCUAUCUAUCUAUCUAUCUAUCUAUCUAUCUAUCUAUCUAUCUAUCUAUCCCAAUCGGUUCAAAUAUCUAUCUAUCUAUCUAUCUAUCUAUCUAUCUAUCUAUCUAUCUAUCUAUCUAUCUAUCUAUCUCAAUCGGUUCAAAUGUAUGUCUAUCUAUCUAUCUAUCUAUCUAUCUAUCUAUCUAUCUAUCUAUCUAUCUAUCUAUCUCAAUUGGUUCAAAUGUCUAUCUAUCUAUCUAUCUAUCUAUCUAUCUCAAUCGGUUCAAAUGUCUAUCUAUCUAUCUAUCUAUCUAUCUAUCUAUCUAUCUAUCUAUCUAUCUCAAUCGGUUCAAAUGUCUAUCUAUCUAUCUAUCUAUCUAUCUAUCUAUCUAUCUAUCUAUCUAUCUAUCAACCUCACGGACUCACUCUUUCUAUAUAUAUACAUUCAUGUUUAUAAAAUAUAUACUUAG